UCCGGUGUUGGCGUGGCCGGUGUUGCCGUGGUGCCUCCCUGUCUCCCUGUCUCCGGCAAUGGCUCUCAGGGCCUGUGGGCUGAUUGUUUUCAGGAGGUUAAACGCGGGAUUAGCUGCCCAACCUCAGGACAUCGAGUUCCUACUUUUGCAGACUUCCUAUGGCCAGCAUCACUGGACGCCGCCUAAAGGGCAUGUUGAUCCAGGUGAAGAUGACCUUCAGACUGCACUUCGUGAAACUGAGGAAGAAGCAGGGCUAAGAAGCAAUGAUUUUAAUCUGCUUGAUGGAUACAAAAAGGAAAUUAUAUACAAAGUGAAUAAUAUACCCAAAAGUGUUAUCUAUUGGCUGGCAGAACUAAAGGAUUAUAAUACAGAAGUAAAACUCUCUGAUGAGCACCAAACAUUUCGCUGGUUAAAUAUGGAUGAGGCCUGUAAACUUGCAAAAUAUCAAGAAAUGCAGGAAGCACUGAGAGAAGCUCACCAGUUCAUCUCAACAAACAAAUGACACAAGGUUCUUUGGAAAGGGGCUGGAUUCCUAAAAAUUUUUGAAUAUGUCUAUUCUACUUUGAUCUUGAAAUGUCAUUACUCAAUACAAUUGUACAGAUAUUAUUACCGGCUCUUCAUGUAAGAGCCUGGACCUUAAACAUUGGUAAGCAAUAAAACAGAAGCGUGUCUGGCCUUUGUCACACACCCUAGUUUGGUGAUGGAACAAUGAAAUAAUUUGUAUUUAUGUACUAUUCAUUAAACUCAGGAUGUUCUCAAGUGCUUCCCAAACAA